UUGAGAAGCGUAGUCAUUCAGUGGGUGAGAUUAUUACAGUUGAAGAGAAAUGGCGACCAUGACUGUCAAAAUAAGCUCCAAGGAAACAAUUAAACCAUCAUCUCCAACACCCCAACACCUUAGAAAUCACAACCUUUCCUUUAUGGACCAACUUGCACCAAACAUGUAUAUUCCCAUCAUUUUUUUCUAUCAUGCCAAGAAUGACCGGGACAUUGAUCACGUCCAAAGAUCCUCUCAGCUUAAAAAGUCCCUUCAACAAACCCUCAACCACUUUUACCCUUUGGCUGGCACCUUCAAAGAAGACUACUCCAUCGACUGCAACGAUAAUGGAGUCGAGUUUUGUGAGGCUCGGGUUGGGUGCCAAUUAUCAGAAGUUCUCCAACAAUUUGAUACAGAAAUCUUGAACCAGUUUUUGCCAUUUGGAGCCCACACUAAUGGCGCAAAAACUGAAAGUAGGGAAGUUCUCUUAGCUAUCCAAUAUAAUAUCUUUCAAUGUGGCGGAGUAGCCAUUGGUGUAUUUGUUUCCCACAGGAUCGCAGAUGGAACUUCAGCAACAACAUUUCUUAAUGCAUGGAGCGCUACGUCCCGUGGAGACGCUGUAGCUAUAUGUCCAAAGUUUGAUGUGGCCAAUUUCUUCCCAAAGAAAGAUAUGAAUUGGUACAAACGAGACAACUUCUUGUCAAAGGAAAAGGUCGUGACAAGAAGAUUGGUGUUCAACAAAUCAAGCAUAGCUGCUUUGAGAGAAAAGGCUUCUCCAGCUGCAGAUUCCCAUGUAAAGGCGCAGCACUACUUUCCAACCCGUGUGGAGGCAGUUUCAGCAUUGAUAUGGGGACGUCUCAUGGCGAUAUCUAAAUCAAAACCAGCACCAGCAAAAUUCAUUCGAGCAAGUCAUGCAGUCAACUUACGCGUAAGGAUGGUUCCACCCAUGCCCAUGUAUUCCUUUGGGAAUCUUUGGUACAACGCUUCUGCAAUUGUAUCACCAAACGAGAAUGUUGACAGUGACAACAAUCUAGUUAUUCUCGGGAGCAAACUGAAUACUGCAAUAAAAAAAAUCAAUGAUGAUUGUGUGAAGCAACUACAGAGCGAUGCAAUAUUGGAUUCGCUCAAAAAGGCGGUCGAGCGGUACCAUUCAAUUGGUGACAUGGAGUCCUAUAACUUCACUAGCUGGUGCAUGUUUCGUUUCUAUGACGUCGAUUUUGGAUGGGGGAAGCCAACCUGGGUGUGUUGUCCUAGUAUGCCUUUUAAGAAUCUCAUCGUCAUGAUGAGUACCAAAGACGAGCAAGGAAUUGAGGCAUAUGUUAACAUAUCAGAGGAAGACUCGAUCAUAUUUGAUAGUGACAUUGAACUCCUUCCAUUUGUUUCUAGGACAAUUGGAGACUAAAUAUUGCCCAUGCAACCUUUCGUUUGGGACUAAUUUACUUACUAUAUAAUAAUCUUCCAGAUUUGUGUUUGUUGCAAUAUUUAGUAUUUCGUUCUUACCCAAUAACUUUGUAACCCUUCAG